GAGAACUUCUGCACGUGUGCCAAAACUGGUGCACUAACGAACUCAUACACACUCUCUAUCUCUCUCACACACACACACACACACACACACACACACGCAGAACAGAUCUGGCACCAUCUCAUUGCUUCUGUCCCUGAUGUAAAGUGCCUCCAUGACACACGCAGCAGUGCCGGAUCUCGUGCUCUCCGCGCUCCUGGUUGUGAUCAGCGUGGUGUCGCUGGUGUCCAACGCGCUCGUGCUGGUGUGCUUCCUGUGGAGUGCGGAGAUUCGCCGGCACGCGCCGGCCGUGUUCGUGGUCAACCUGAGCGUGUGCAACCUGCUGCUCGCCUCCUCAUGCAUGCCUGCUACUGCAGUGGCACUCGUGAGUGGGAGAGAGCAGCGGCUGCUGCAGGCCGACGUCGGCUCACGCGCCUCGCUGUGCCAGCUCGUGGGUUUCCUGGACACGGUCCUGAGCGCUAACAGCAUGCUGAGCGUGGCGGCGUUGAGUGCGGACCGCUGGCUCGCGGUCGUCUUCCCGCUGCAUUACUGCUCAUCCGUGCGCCGCCGUGAAGCCGUGCUCACACUCGCCGCCGCCUGGCUGUACGCCUCGUGCUUCGCCGCCGUGGCCACCUGCCUGUCCUGGGUGGGUUACCAUCAGCCCUACGCCUCGUGCACACUGUGCGCUGGAGUCAGCGAGAGCACGUUAUUCAUCGCCUACACACUGCUGUCGCACGUCCUCACCUACCUGUUCGCGCUUGUUGUGCUGAGCGUCGCGUAUCUAGAGGUGCUGCGUGUGGCGCGCUCGCACUGCAAGCGCAUCGACGUCGUCACCAUGCAGACGCUCGUGCUGCUCAUCGACCUCCAUCCCAGUGUUCGACAGCGCUAUCUGGAAGAAAAAAAGAAACGGCGACAAAGAGCUUCACGAAAGGUCAGCAGCUUCAUUGGGACCUUCGUCGUAUGUUUUACUCCGUAUGUUCUCACCAGGGUUGUGGAGUUGUUUAUUUCUGAUCCAGUUAAUCCGUACUGGGGAGUUUUGUGUAAAAGUUUGGCGUACAGCAAAGCCGCACUCGACCCUUGUGUUUACUCGCUGCCCCGUCAUCAGUACCGAAAAACCUGCAGUGACAUCAUCAACCGCUUCCUCAAAAAACCUUCCGCAACGCAUCACUCCACAAACCGGGGAAUUCUGGGAAAUGAUGAAAACUGA